UGAAAUGCGCAUGCGUAGCAUCAACAUUCCAGCAACCGGGCCAAACAAAUUGUUACCUAUUUCACUAGUUGGCAAAUUGUGUUCAGUUAAGUGAAUCUACUCAAACAAGGUUGCAAAGAUGAUGUUAUCACGCCAGAAGCCGGCCAUUGGGCCUGGCUCUACCACACCUGCAAAAGAAAACAAGAAAAAGAAAAAAGUUCCAAAGUUGGAUGAAUUCUUGGAAAACAGAGAUUAUACUGGGGCUAUAACCUUGUUGGAGUUUAACAGAAACAGUGGUAAGGGUGACCAAGACACAGAUCUCUGGAUUGCCUACUGCGCCUUUCACCUUGCAGACUAUAAACGGGCAAUGGAGGAGUACAACAGAAUUGUUGCUAAGGGCAACUGCCACCCUGAUGUGUAUGUGAACCUUGGCUGUACGUACUUCUUCCUGGGAAUGUAUCCAGAAGCCGACGAGGCUGCACAAAAAGGUUUGAAGCUAGCUGGAAUUUCCUUUGAAAAUCUACACAAGGAUGCCUCCCCCUCUAGCCGCCUACAGAAUCGCCUACUGUUCCACCUGUCCCACAAGUUCAACGAUGAGAAGCGUCUGAUGGGGUACCACGGUCAGCUACAAGACAUCAUAGAGGAUCAGCUGUCCCUUGCCUCCAUACACUACCUGAGGUCACACUACCAGGAGGCCAUAGACAUCUACAAGAGGAUACUCCUAGAUAACAGAGAUUUCUUGGCCCUGAAUGUGUAUGUGGCAUUAUGUUACUACAAACUGGACUACUACGAUGUUUCACAGGAGGUGCUAGCAGUGUACCUACAGCAGUUCCCAGACAGUGCUGUGGCCCUCAACUUGAAGGCAUGUAACCACUUCAGGCUCUACAAUGGCAAGGCUGCAGAGGCAGAAUUGAAGAAUCUACAGGAUAUGGCUUCGCCGUCCUUCAUAUUUGCCAGAGAUUUGAUCAAACAUAAUUUGGUUGUGUUCCGUGCUGGAGAGGGAGCCCUGCAGUGCUUACCUCCCCUGAUUGAUGCCUUACCAGAGGCCAGACUCAAUCUGGUCAUUUAUUAUCUCAAACAAGAUGAUGUGACAGAAGCCUACAACCUGAUAAAGGACCUGGAGCCAACCACACCCCAGGAGUAUAUCCUCAAAGGGGUGGUGAAUGCAGCCUUGGGGCAGGAACAGGGAUCUUGGUUAGGCAAACAUUCGAAACAUGCAAAGCAAUCAAGAAAAAACAGUAGAGAGAACCUAAAGGAAGCUCAACAAUUUUUCCAACUAGUAGGCGGCUCUGCCAGUGAAAGUGACACUAUUCCUGGUCGACAGUGCAUGGCCUCGUGUUUCUUCCUGCUCAAGCAGUUUGAAGACGUCCUCAUCUACCUGAACUCCAUCAAGAGUUAUUUCUACAACGAUGACACAUUCAACUUCAACUACGCGCAGGCAAAGGCAGCAGUCGGCAAUUACAAGGAGGCAGAGGAGGUGUUCUCGCUGAUCCAGAGUGACAAAAUCAAGAAUGACUACACCUACCUCAGUUGGCUGGCAAGAUGCUACAUCAUGAACCGCAAGUCUCGCCUGGCCUGGGAACUCUACUUGAAGAUGGAGACUUCCGGAGAGUCUUUCAGCCUACUACAACUUAUUGCAAAUGACUGCUAUAAGAUGGGCCAGUUCUACUAUGCAGCGAAGGCUUUUGACGUUCUGGAGAGGUUGGACCCCAACCCUGAGUACUGGGAGGGCAAAAGGGGGGCCUGUGUGGGGGUGUUCCAGCUCAUCAUCGCGGGACAUGAACCCAGAGAGACACUGCGCGAUGUGAUCAACAUGCUGCGUAACACAAGCAACCCUCAGGUGGAAUACAUGGUGCGCACCAUGAAGAAGUGGGCCAAGGAGAACCUUGUACCUCUCCCGUAGAAUCACCGCUAUUCCUUGAGUCCCCAUGAGCCUUGAUCUGGUAAACAGGGCUAAGUGCAUGUGAGCAAACUUUGUCCCAGAUUAGCCUGUGUGAUCCAGGCAGGCUUAUCAGGGACAACACUUUCCCCUUUUAUGGAUUUUAUUCGUUUAAAGGAGGUCUCUUCAAAAUGAAAGCACAGUAUAGGCAAUGCAAACACAGUGUAGGCGGUAAGUGUUGUCCAUGAUAAGCCUUUGCAGACAAGCUAAUUUGGGUGAAAGCUUUAUGCAAUGCAUUAAGCCCAGUUUUCCCAUGCCUAUCAGUCACGGCAAGUGCACCAUUUCGAUCGAGUCAUCAUGUCUAUCAGUUGUGGGUCUGUAGCUGGGAGGGCAGGGAUAUGAAGUGUUCAUUCCAAACUGACUGGAAUAGGCAUAGCUCUUAAACAUUAACCUACAAGUGACCUUUAUAUCUAUAAUGAAAUAUUCAGUUUAUGAUAGUUUUGUACUGGAAAUGAGUAAAAUAGAAAAAAGGAUCCCACUCUAAAGCUGGUUAGGUAUCAUUUAACUUGUACACAAAAAAAGUAUGCAUUCAAACUAUUCAAAGUGUUUUGUGCUUAUUUAAGUUCACAAAAACCUGGUUAAGGUAUAUCCGGCAUUGAAAAUAUGACCAAUUUAGUUCACCUUUUUUUUUAAACUGUCCAUUUGUUCAGAAUAACAAUAAUGUUUCUUGUUUAAUGUUUUGGUGAAUGAAUUGAAUUUUGUUCAAUGCAUUAAAGAGUAAACUAUUUUAUAUUUACUUGAAUGUAUUCUGCUAAAUAGCUUCAAUGGAAGAAGCUUCUCAAAGGGCUAUUUUCUGUUUAAUUUACUGACACUGCUGGCGUUUAUAUUUUUAAUUUAUGAUACCUAGAGAGUCAAAGAUCUUUUUUCGUUCAUUUAUGUUGUCAUUUUCAUCACUUAAUUUAAAUCAAAAGAAAAACAUUUUUCAAGCUGACUAUUUGCACAAUUAUUCUUUUUUAAACUGUUCAUGUAGGUAUUUCUCUUCUGUGAUAUUUUAAUGAAUAAUUCAGCAGAGUUUGUGUUGAGUAAAUGUCAUAUUGGAUUGUUAUGUUGUACAUAUUUAUGGUGUUGAAUUAUUUAUUGUUGAAGAAUCCGUCCGUGUGUUCUUGCAUGUGCUUAAUGUACAGUAGUGUUAAAUUAUUACUUUUCAAAUGACGACUUUUAAAUACAUUCCAAUGAAUGACAUUUGAAUAAAUUUCAAACAAAAUCUCUUUUGUUAAAAAUAUGUAUUAUGUUUAUUUAUGUUAACUUGUUUCAAUUCUUCUUAUGCCCUUACAGAUAGGAAGAUAUUCAGCAUUGCACUUGUCUGCCCAUACAUAUAUCCGUACAUCCCAAAGUUUAUGUUUUAAACUCUACUUAUACUUCUGGGUCUAUCUUGCCUAAACUUUACAAUAGUAUGCAGAUGUGGCAUUUUUAUUUUCAUUAUUAAAUAUAAAGUUUUUUAAAAAGUGUUUUCAACUGUCCUUAAUGCAUUUCAGAUAUGCCUUAACUUAUCUCAGCAGAAUGACGUUUUUAUCCUAUUACCAGAUGAAAUAGAUAGUAUAACAACGAUCUUAUAAACUUUAGCUUUAUACUAUCGCUAUUUUUUAUCACACUCGGGUUUUUCCAAAAAAUGGCGAAUCUGUUUUUGGCAACUACGGAAGAACAAAAAUCGUCAAAAAUGCGAUAUAUGAAAAAUAUUAAUGGAAAAUGGAAGGAAAUUAUAGGAUAUAUAGAAUAUUAUGUGAGUUUUGGAUAUAGAUCAAGUUUAUCAUGCUCUGCUCCAACCAUGGUAGCACUCGGCAAGCCUCGCGCUACCAUGGUUCUAUGCCUGGCGUGAUAAACUUGAUCUUUAUUCAAAACUCACAUAAUACUCUCUAUAUAUAUGAAUGUUUGUUAAGAUAGUAUUUUAGGCUGAAUUAUGGCUUUUUGUCUUCUUGUCUACUGUAGAUUAUAUAGUGGAGGUGUCUGUGUACAAACAUGUUUUGGGGGGCAUCAGUUUCUGGGACACAUUUCUAGUUCAUGUUUAUAAAACAUUAAAUGUUUUAUACUACCUUACACAAGUUAUGGUUAUUUGUUUGAAAUUAGUUUGUUGAUGGUAAUUAAGAGAAUUGCAUGCACAUUUUGUACAAUGUAUGCGUGCAUAUUUCAUAAAUAAUGAUACCUAUAUGCGUUUGUUGCCGUUUUAUUAUAAACAAUUGAAUUGCAUAAUUAUUUCUUUAUAAUACCUUGCUACGUGUAAAUUAAAGUCUUCAAAAUUA